GGGUGUGUCCAAAAAGCAACAACAGCUUUAAAGCAAGCAUUGCUUUCAGUGAGCCAUCAGAGCCUGGGAAUAAGUGUGUAUGUGUUCAUGUUUAGUGGAGGAGGCAAGCAGACAUGAUUGUGUUGAAAAACUUUCUGAUAUUACAGGGUCUGCUGCUGGCAGCACAGUGUGAUGUUUGGCCCAGAGUUCAAGACCUGAAAGAUGGAGAGAAAAAAGGAUUAAAGCACAUACUUUCCCAACGCCAAGGUGAUUGGGUUAAUGGAGAUCCAUAUGGAUAUUCUGGAACAGGACAUCAAAGUUCUGGAGAACAUGAAGAAAAUCCUGACGUCUCUGAAACUGCUCCGUAUCCACUGGAGCAUAGGCAUGGUAACCCAAGUCAUAGGCAUCCAUCUGAGGAUCUCACUGUGGACACAGAACAUGGUUCAGCAAAGACUCAAAGCAGUAACAAUCCAAUGCGUAUGGGAAACUGGUGUGCGUAUGUGCAUAAGCGUGAAGUCACCAUGGCAGUGUCCUGUGGUACUGAGAAAUACAUUAUCAAGUCCCAGAGUCCCUGCCCUAUUGGAGCACCAGACUGCCAUUUAAUCAUGUAUAAGCUGGACACACGUCCAGUGUACAGAGCGAAGCAGAAGCUAAUCACAGCACUCUUGUGGAGAUGUUGUCCUGGUCAUGGUGGACAACAUUGCGAGGAAAUUGCCGAAAACAGCCAUGUCAUUGAUUCCAACGGUUCCGACACUGACAUCAGGCUUCAUCCAGGAGGUCCAGAGCUCAAAGAUACAGAAUCUAAGAAGCUAAUAAACGACCACAACCAGGAGCAGAAUGACAGUCAAGACUCCUUCCACUCGAUGUAUGUGUCCCAAAAUUCUGAAGAGAAGCAAAAGGAAAAACACCCCAGCGCCAGCGAUGGUUUUACCCAAGCCCUCAAACUGACCAUGAGCCUCACCGUGAGAGAGGUGACACAGCACACCAGCUAUGGUGUGAAUAACGGACAUCAAAGCCCUCCACCAGAGACGCAUUACACAAAUCCCGGGCUUGUACCCAUCCACUAUUUAAAGGAUGUCAUGAUGUCACAUCUACAACCCAUAUUUGACAGCUUCAAUCUGACACUAGCACGACUGUCUGAGGAGGUGCAAGACUUACAGAAAGACAUGACAAAGAUGCUAGUUCACCAAAUGGUUCAAGGAGAGUCCAAAUCGACUGGAGAUGAAAUCAGUGAGGAAUUGAUGCAGCAUGAGGCAACAGCGGAUACCUUCAAGCAGUUGAAGGAACUCGAUUUGCAACUAAGCCUUCAGUAUAAUCAGAUGGAAGAGAAGAUAUAUGCACAGCAGGUCAUGAUGGACUACAACUUGACCCAUCUGAAGGCUGACAUGGAUGUCCAAAUUAAACACAACCAGAAGAUGCUACAGAUGAGUAUCCAUUCCCUAAAUUGCUCACUAUCAGAGGUAAGACAACAACAGGAGCAUAUGAAGGAGGAGAUCCAGAGGGAUUUGCUCCGUGCAAGUAAUAUGCAACCCCCUGACAGAGAGCCUCAGGAGAACACUGCAGUCUGGGAAGCCAUUACCCGAUUGAACAAUAAGGUUAUCAGUAACGAUGCAGACCUUACUGCCCUAAACAAACACCAAGAUCAAAUGAAAACAACAAUAGAAAACUUUCAAAACCUCGGGAAGACCUUAGAAGAGCGUAUAACCCAGAAUGACCGCAAGUUUGAGGACAAGUACAUUGAGGCUUUCCUAGAAGUGGAUGCAGCAAAAGUGUCAAAUGAAAAAUAUGCUGAUGACGUGUCCAAAAAUGUCUCCAUUCUCCAAAGCACAGUCCAGGAAAUGGAGGUAGACAUGGACUACCUGUUCACGCUGUUCUAUAAGAACAUGAGCUCCGGUAGCAAAGACUGUGACUGUACCGGCCUCAGAACAUCAGUGGCUCAGUUGAAACAGGCUGUAGCUAAUAUUACAAUGAUUGCAACUGAAAACAGGCAGGAUUUAGACAGUGCAACAGAAGAGAGGUUAACUGCUCAGAUAAAUGGUGGCUGGAGCCCAACAGUGGAGGAGAUUAAUUUAAGGUUACACACUGUUGAGAACUCGCUGGCAACUGAGCAAGAUAAGCGUAGGACAAUGCACCAAAACCUAACCACACUGCAGUCCUCUCUCUUGGGCUGUGUAAUGAAUAUUGAAGCUCUAAGGAAAGAGGACGAUAAACAAACUCAUGACAUAAAACACCUGUUCAAUGCUUUUAGCUCCCUGUUGAAAGAUGCCAUACGGCACAGUGAUAUACUGGAAAUCCUUCUUGGUGUGGAGGUUUUGGAGUUUUCUGACUGGUCCCCACAAGACCAGAAAGCCUACUCUAUUUCUGUGCUGAAGAUGCUGAUCAGCGACCUGCAGGAACAGAUUAAUGGACACAGUCGAAGCCUGGCUUCCAUGCUUAACUCUGAGGAUGCCACAGUGUAUGAGCCCUCAGAGCUGGCAGACUGGCUUGAUAAGGAUCUCAAAUGGAGACAGGAGGAACAGAAAUUUGCCCAUUUCUCAGAGGAACCUAUUGGUUACAAAAACAAGGACUUCUCUGCUUUGGAAAAGACAGUGAACCAAAUCAAAGCACAUGUCAUCAAGCUCGGAGAACAGCAAUGUCUGUCCUGCUGCAAUUGUACUCAAGGAGCUGCUUCCAAAGAUUUAGAGGGAAACCUGCGAGAAGAGUUGACGAGCGUGCGCAAGAGCCUUGAGGAUCAUCUCAGGAUCUUUAGACACGUUUUCAGUAACACUGAAGGUCUAUCAGAGUCAGAAGCAACAGUAGAUUUGGACAAAUUGUUUGCAUUAAUGAGGAAAAAAGAAGUCAAAAGUCAAAGAAAUAGGCAAAAGAAAAGCGAAGAUACAAGAGGUAUGCAGCGCAGCAAGCGGGAUACAUCACUCGAAACAGCAGCACACAGUCAACUUCUUGAGAACCCGCUAAUGUUUGUGGCCUACAGCAGAGAGGGUGCUAACACACCUGGUAUAGUAGUGUUUGAAACUAUGUCCCUAAACCACGGCCAGAUGUAUUCACCUGAAACGGGCGUGUUCCGAGCACCUUCUACAGGGGUGUACCUGUUUGUGUUGACGCUGGACUUUGGACCCGGGCCAUCUUUAGCCCAGCUGAAGAGGGGAAAGGAAGUGGCAGCAUCACUGCAUCAGGGCAUGAGGAAGUCUUCAGGACCUGCUACUCGCAUCUGCUUCCUAGAGCUGAAACAGGGUGAAGAGGUCCAGCUAGAUCUAGUGCAGGGAACACUGGAGCAUGGGAGACCACAGGAAAACACUUUUGCUGGACUGCUGCUGCUACAGACCACAUGAGCACACACUCAGAUCUGAAGAGUAGAAAACACACACACACUGGGAUGAACUAAUGCGCAAGAUUUCAUUUCCUGAUUAUUUUCAUAUUGUAUUGAAAAUAAAUCAAUGCACUUUUUAAAAAAGAUUUCUCCUGAUCACUGAUUAGUCACAAAAAGCAUCUUGCAUGUGUGUGGUUGUCUAAUAAGCUUUUAUACUGACUAUGAGUAUCCCAGGUUUAGACUGUGUGUUUGUAGAUAUUAUACAUAUGACAUGUUGCCUGUUCUUUAAUGAAAAAAAACAAAUAUCUGUACAUUUCUGCUGCAACUUUAAACAUAACUGCCAAAGUUUAAUCAUGUCAUUAAUGCAUGCUGUUCACUCACUUGCCUCACAUACAUUAGAAAUAAGCCACAAGCACUGAUUCAUAUAGUAAAUAUUUACUUAAAAUGAAUACAUUGGACAGGAAUUAUAUGUAUGGUAUUUGUAUUUUCUUGGCAAACUCAUAAGGAACCCAUUAAACCAGAAGUUAUAUGAAAAAGGUGUGCAACAAUUACAUACCAACUGUCACCAACACAAGGCAGGGAGAGGCAGAGCAGUACAUUUAUACAUCUACAUCAUGUUAGAGAUGCUAAUUUAUUUGAUAAAAUGUCAUUUGAUAUGUUUAAAUAGGAAAAACAGAUGUGAAAAGAAAUGUCAUAAAUCCCAAGAAAUUAGAACGAAUAACAGACUGGUCGUUACAACUGCCCUGUUUUUUUCCCCAAAAAAUAUUCUUUUUCGGCCAAAGAGUGCAUUCGGUGCUUAUGCAGCAAUACGUUAUUGUAACUGUACAUGGAAAUGAUUUGCUUUAACUUACUCCUUUAAUCUUUUACCUAUUUAUUUUUUUUAAACAAUUUAUUUUUCUUUUUUGAAGAACAUUUUAAUGACCUUAAAAAAAUUAUUUUUCUGAAAUUCUACCUUUGUACAACAAAAAUGUUGGCAAACCUAAGAUAUUAUUCUGGCACUAAAAUGAAAAUUGUUGGCAUACGCUGUACAACUGUAUGUAGAGACCUAUGUUAUGGUUUAACGCUCAUUUCAGUGGCACAGAAAGCAAUAAAAAGGUAAAUGAA